AGUACAGGCUUCCGUAGUCGUCUUAGUGGAAGAAUGGCUGGCUGGUUGUGGCUUCGCUGUGUUUUAGGGCCUCAUCUGCAACGAAUCCACCGCUCACCGGACCAGUCUCGAAACGAAGCCCGAGGCGGAAGACGGGGAUGGAACUACCAACCCAGGACUCUGGAGAAACACACUGACAACAUCCUCGGCUGGGCUUCAGUACUGUGGUCUCUGUCCUACUACAGCUCUCCUCUUCUCCUCUGUUAUCUGUACAGGAAAGGUUACAUCUGCAGUAGUAAGUUGGUUCCAGUGAGUCAGUAUGUGGGAACCAUGCUGGUGUGUCUUCUAGGAGUGGCCUGUCUAAGAGGGUGGGGAAGAUGGAAGAACUCUGAGUAUGUUCAAUUUAUCUCCAUUCUUGAAGAAACCAAGAAGAAUCACACACCAGCAAACAAGAAAAAACUGAGAUGUUAUGACUUUGACUUCUUGCACUGGCCUUCAGAUUUCAGCUGGGCAGAAGUCAGCAAUCCGAAACUGUCCAAGGCUGGUGUUUCUCUGCUGAAGCCAGAGCCCAGAUUAAGAGGAGCAGCAGACAGUGUGCUCAACUCUGUGCGUACUCUACCAUGCCACAUCAUCAGUUUUCUCAUUGCUCACUCAUUUGGGAGGAGGAUGCUGUACCCUGGCUCUGUGGGUUUACUGCAGAAAGCCAUGAAGCCCAUGCUCCAGCAAGGCCAGGCUAGGUUAAUUGAAGAGUUUGAUGGCCAAAGGAACAAGCUUGUGGCCUGUGAUGGUAAUGAGAUUGACACAAUGUUUGUGGAUCGAAGGAGAGACGGGGGACAGAACGGCCAGACUCUGGUCAUCUGCUGUGAGGGGAACGCAGGCUUCUAUGAGGUGGGCUGCAUGAACACUCCACUGGAGGGUGGCUACUCUGUACUGGGCUGGAACCACCCUGGCUUUGGAGGCAGUACGGGUGUGCCGUUCCCCCAGAAUGAGGCCAAUGCCAUGGAUGUAGUGAUCCAAUUUGCAAUACAUAAACUGGGCUUCAAGCUCAGCGACAUAGUCGUAUACGCCUGGUCCAUAGGAGGGUUCACAGCCAGCUGGGCAGUGAUGUCAUACCCAGAGAUCCAAUCAUUAGUGUUGGAUGCUUCCUUCGAUGACCUCCUGCCUCUGGCCCUAAAGGUCAUGCCCGACAGCUGGAGACCAUUGGUACAGCACACAGUUAGGCAGUACAUGAACCUCAACAACGCAGAGCAACUUCUCAAAUACCAGGGACCAGUCCUGCUUAUCAGGAGAACCAGAGAUGAGAUCAUCACCACAACGGGUCCAGAGGACAUCAUGUCCAACAGAGGCAACGACCUCCUGCUCAAACUGCUACAGUUCAGGUAUCCCAAAAUAAUGACAGACGAAGGGAUCAGAGUCGUCAGACAAUGGCUGGGAGCAUCCAAUCACUUAGAAGAAGCAUCUGUGUACAGUGGUUAUGAAGUGGACGAUGACUGGUGUGUGUCUGUGCUGCAGUCGUAUCAAGCUGACAGAGAUGUUAUGUUUCCAUGGAGCGUCGGUGAGGAUAUGACUCUAGAGGGAAGACGGCAGCUGGCUCUUUUCUUGGCACGGAAGUACAUGCGAAACUUUGAAACAACACACUGCACUCCUCUCCCCGCCUCCGAGUUCCACUCACCCUGGAGAUUGUAAAGAAAGAGGAGGAUGGAUGGAUGAGAGGAAAUGAGCAGCAGAGGAUUUGGAUGGCCUAUGGUCAGAGCGUGUUCCUGGCAUGGUGUGAAUGUAUUACUGUGAUUUUGUUCCAGAUCCCCCCCCCCCAAGACAGAUGUGUUGUCAUGCAUAAUGCUGCUGCUGUGGCAUCUGGAAAGAUUUGGUUUACUAUCACCCUCCACCAGCCAAAAACAUGUAAAAUAUGUUAUAUCUUUUUCUUUUAAGGUUAAUGUUUAGUCAUACUUUUCAGUGUUUGUCUCUUUUAAAAGGAAAAAAAAGGAUGCAUUUUAAGUAAAAUGAACAAGCCAUCACUCACUCCUUCCAUUGUUCCCCAUUUGGCUGUAUUUGUAAAGAGACACUUGUAAGUAGAAGUACAUUACUACAAUUUAAUUAAUAUAAAUAAUAAUGAUUAAAUCUUUAAAAAUGCAGCCAAAGUGAUGAUGCUUUUCAGGUUUUUUUUUUUCUUUUCCGUGGCCACUAUCACUCUGAAGAAAGCUGUAUUCUGAAACGAUGCUCUUAGAUGUUCUAUUAAAUAU